ACAGAGUUGGGCCCCGGCCCCCCAGCGCCGGGGAGCAACGUUGCUUUUACUGUCUGUGGCAGCAUCGUGGCUUUUGCUUCUCGCAGUUGUGGCUCCUUCGUGUUCGUUGCUGUUUCGCUUUUAAAAAAACAUCACAUUUAAGCACUAAAAUGCCACAGCCGAAACCCUACGAAAGGCCCGCCGACUUCAUCGAUCCCGGAAAGCCUUCGAAAUGCAAAUGGCAUUUGGGAACCACCGAGAAGUCGCCCCACACGCAGCGGGGCAUUGCGCACCGGCAACAGAUCACACCAAACAUCCUCGAGGUGAUUGGAUGCACUCCCUUGGUUAGACUAAAUAAUAUCCCCGCCAGCGAGGGAAUCGAGUGUGAGAUGUAUGCCAAAUGCGAGUUUCUUAAUCCCGGUGGAUCGGUCAAGGAUCGCAUUGGCUAUCGCAUGGUGCAGGAUGCCGAGGAAAAGGGUCUCCUCAAGCCAGGAUUCACGAUUAUCGAGCCAACUUCUGGAAACACAGGCAUCGGACUGGCUAUGGCCUGUGCCGUCAAGGGUUACAAGUGCAUCAUUGUGAUGCCGGAGAAGAUGUCCAAUGAAAAGGUAUCGGCACUGCGUACUCUCGGUGCCAAGAUCAUUCGUACACCAACGGAGGCUGCCUACGAUUCACCCGAGGGCCUGAUCUAUGUGGCCCAGCAGCUGCAAAGGGAAACGCCCAAUUCCAUUGUCCUGGAUCAGUAUCGGAAUGCGGGCAAUCCUUUGGCACACUAUGACGGCACCGCUGCCGAGAUCUUGUGGCAGUUGGACAAUCAGGUGGAUAUGAUUGUGGUCUCGGCCGGAACGGCGGGCACAAUCAGCGGCAUUGGCAGGAAAAUUAAGGAGCAGGCUCCCAACUGUCAAAUUGUGGGCGUGGAUCCCUUUGGUUCGGUCCUGGCCCGUCCCAAGGAGCUCAACAAGAGCGACGUGCAAUUUUAUGAGGUCGAGGGUAUUGGCUACGACUUUCCGCCCACCGUCUUCGAUGACAGUGUGGUCGAUGUGUGGACAAAGAUCGGUGAUCCCGAUUGUUUCCCCAUGAGCCGGCGUUUGAAUGCCGAGGAGGGUCUCCUGUGCGGCGGAUCUAGCGGCGGUGCAAUGCACGCUGCCCUCCAGCAUGCUCGCAAACUGAAGAAGGGCCAACGUUGCGUGGUCAUUCUGCCCGAUGGCAUUCGCAACUAUAUGACCAAGUUUGUGUCGGACAACUGGAUGGAGGCCCGUGGCUUCAAGGAGUCGGUUAACGAGCAUGGCCACUGGUGGUGGAAUCUAACUAUCCAGAAGCUGCAGCUUCCUGUGCCGCCGGUAAUUCUCAAGUCGGAUGCUACUGUGGGAGAGGCCGUAGCCCAGAUGAAGCAACAUCGCGUGGACCAACUGGCCGUGGUGGAUAGCGAAGAUGGUUCCAUUUUGGGCGUGGUUGGCCAGGAAACGUUAAUCACUCAGAUCGUGAGCAUGAACCGCCAGCCCACGGAUCCCGCAAUUAAGGCACUUAAUAAGCGCGUGAUUCGUCUGAAUGAAUCCGAGAUUCUGGGCAAGCUGGCCCGCGUCCUUGAGGUGGAUCCCACUGUGUUGAUUGUGGGCAAGAACGCCGCCGGCAAGGAGGAGGUCAAGGCACUGGCCAACAAGCUGGACGUGACUGCCUUUAUCACAGACGCUGGAAAUCAGAGCUCCAAGGCUAAUGGUACCACCACAAAUGGCAGUGGCCACUAAAACGCUAAUUGAAUUAGCUUUAUGGAGUUGGUACCCAUUCUCGAAAUCAAUAAUUAACCUACCGACCAUAAACUUAUAGCCUAAUUCCAUUUUUUAAAACUAUUUUAACAUUUUUUAAACUAUUUUGGUAAUAAGAACAUUGAGUGGAAAUCAAUAGAAAGAUUGAAAUGUGUUCUAGUGGAAUUAGGUUAUUUUGCGUAAACAAUUUGCAUGCAUUUUAUCUAUUUGAUAAUAAAUAUCUUAUACAUACGGAA